AUGUUCGCGCCAGACGUCGAUCUCAUCAUCGACUUUCGCGUCAGCAAGACUGUUUCGCCGUCCAAGCAGCAGACGAGGGAGGAGGCGAGGAAGGCGGAGAAGCAGUACAGUCGGUUGAUUGAGAUAUUAACCUAUGCUGGGCUGAAGGCUGUUGGACGGAGAGGAGAGUCGUUGGGACAUAUUUUGGUCUUUGUGAGCUGUCCCAAGGGUCUGUUGGACAAUCUUAUCAAACGCGAGCGACGAUCCGACUUUCUUUCUGGUCUUCCAGUCACCCCUGUCGCCACAGGGAGCACCGUCGAGCCCCUUUCACCGGCAGAUCGUAUUCGAAUCGUACACUCAUACAUUUCUUCGACUCCCGCGGAUGGUGGCUUGGGCAUCUCACCUGAUUCUCCCGAGUGGGACCUCGUGCAAGGCAUAUUCCCUCUUCAGGACCGCGAAUUCAACAAAGUCUGGGUCAAGGCAUGGAAGCCUAGCACUAUUGCGUCUGUCAAUCUAGGGAAGGUUCGGGCGCAGUUCGGUGACGCUGUGGCGUAUUAUUUCGCAUUCUUGUCCUCAUACACCACCUUCCUCGUGUUUCCAGCCAUCCUCGGCAUCUUUGCCCACUACGUCCUCCUGCCCUACUCCCCUAUCUACUCGUUCCUCAUCGCAAUCUGGGCCACGUUCUUCGUUGAAUGGUGGAGGGUCCAUGAACGUAUCCUCGCAUUGCGAUUCGGCACUCGCAACUCCUUCCGAGUAGAGAAACGACGAGCGCAGUACAAGCAGGGUGUACCAUGGUGGCGGCGCGAACUCCGAAUCUUCCUUACCCUCCCCGUAAUCCUCGUCUUCGGAGCAGCCCUGUUCGCCAUCCUCACCGGUAUCUUUGUAUUCGAAGCCUUUAUCACGCACCUUUAUCAAGGACCUGGCAAGCAGAUCAUUGGAUUCUCACCGACAAUACUCUUCGUUGUUUUGGUUCCCCGGUUCCUCGCCCUCUAUCAUGCAUUGGCGGUUCGCCUCACGAAUUGGGAAAACCAUGCCCACCAAUCAACCUACACCUUCUCGAUGACGCUCAAGACGUUCGCGUUGGGAGCACUUGUGGCAUACUCGGGCCUCGCUCUCUCGGCAUUCGUUUACGUGCCAUUCGGAGAAGGCGUGAUGCAUCUCGUCCAGAGGUUGUUGUUCGACCCUUCGAAAGCUGGAAGCGCAAGCGGGCUCGCAGCGAUGAUUAGCAGCGUGCUGAAUGGAACGACCAGUGGUCUGGAGGUAUCCGAGAAGGACACUGCUGCGGGAGGAACACAUCUUGGACUGUGGGACAUGGACACCAUGAACGCACGGAACAAGCUCAACCCUGCAAGAUUGCGAGACCAAAUGUUUGCAUUCACGGUAACCAACCAGAUUGUCAACACCUUCACUGAAGUCGGCCUCCCUUUCGUCCUGCGCGGCGUGAACACGUUCUUGAAGAAGGGCAAACCGACCAAUGGCAAUGGUGACUCGCUCAAGAAGAAGGUUGUGUUUGAGGAUGAGAAGGAAAGGGGCGGAUUGGAGGAGCGUGCAUAUUUGGAGAGGAUACGGAGUGAGGCGGCGUUGCCCGAGUAUGACCUGUUUGCGGAUUACAACGAGAUGGUGGUGCAGUUUGGGUAUGUUGCUUUGUGGUCUACGAUUUGGCCUCUUGCUGGCGCCAUGGCCUUCAUCAACAACAUCUUCGAGCUUCGCUCUGACGCUUUCAAGAUCACCGUUCACCACCGCCGGCCUAUGCCAGUCCGAACGGACACCAUCGGGCCCUGGCUCGAUGCUCUAACCUUCCUGACGUGGUUGAGCGCACUGACGAACUCGGCAUUGCUCUACCUCUUCUCUCCUUCUCUCCUUUCUACACCAUUCCAGACGCUCGUCAAUGUCACCGACACGGACGCACCAGCCAGUGACGCCAAACUGACGGCAGAAGAACACCUCGUCGCAGCUGCAGGUGGAACGGGCUCACCGAAUGCAUGGGGUGUGGACGCCUCUGCCAGUCCCUCGAACGUCGGAGCGACAAAAGAGCUGCUGUUGAAGGCCGCGCUGGUCGCUCUGGUCGCUUCGCAUGUCUACAUCAUCGUCAAGGCUCUUAUUCGACAUGUCGUGGAGAAGAUCUGGUGGAAGGGCAGCUCAGAGGUGGCCGAGAAGGAGAGGGAGGAGGUUGAGUUGAAGCAGAAGUUUUUGAGUGGGGUUGGAGUGCAGGUGGAUGGUGGGGAAGAUGGGGUGCCUGUGGUGGGGAGUGCGGUGAAGAAGGAGAGGGAUGUUAAGGUUGCCAAUGCACCCCUAGGCGAUCCUGAAGGGUUCUGGGACCAUGACGAAGGUGUGGAUGAGAUUCAGAGGAUCGUGAAGGAAGCGUAGAGUUGCUUUCUUUUUCUUAUGACCAGCUUCGGACGUUAAUGACUAUUGUCUUUUUUGCUAAUUCGUGGUUUACCCUUUCGUUCUAUUUUGUUUGCUGAGCUGCCUCCACGCUUCCGUUAUGCCAGUCGAUUCCUCUGUACGAAGGAUUGCACCGGGUAUCCAACCUGCCUUC